GGGCGGGCGCUAGCACGGCUGAGGCGACUCGGACUCGGAGCGUGAAUAUAAGUCGCUGCCCGCGCACCAUGCCCCGCCACUGCUCUCCUUCCUCUUCUCGCCACCGCCACCCCCGCCCGCCCCGGGAGGCCUUUGUCCAGCGUUCUUCCUCCCGGCUCGCCCCGCCACACUCGUUUAGUCCCCCGCGCUCCCCCCCGCUCGCCGGAGCCCGUUCCCCUCGCUCUUCCCUUCGUUCGUGCUUGCCUGUUUUUGAGCCCUUCGCUUCCUGUCCACCAUGACCUCCUGCGGCCUCCCCUUCUUCCUCGAGGACCAGACCGGCGAGCUCACCGGCUCCGAGUUCGUCGACCUCUACAACCGCAUGCGCCUCAGCCUCCGCUGCACCCUCCGCGACGUGUCCCACACCGCGUACAUGAUCUACGACCUCUCCUCCCGCCCGAACGCGUUCAGCGCGCCCCUCGCGUGCCUCGACUUUGGCGCGAACCGCGCGCUCGGCACCGUCAAGAUCGGGAACGGCGAGAGCGUGAAUAUGAAUCAGUACUUGACCAAGGCCGGGGGAUCUGGCGGCCAAAAGGGCAGGAAGUUCCGGGCGUCCGACGGGCAGGAGUACCGCUGGUCCCACCAAAGCAAGGGCGAUGAGGAGUGGAGUUGCACAAACGCGAGCAACUACCACGUCGCGUCGUAUUGCCUCAAGUCGCCCGACGAGCCCAAGUACGCCGGCUCCUCGGGCUGCGUCCUCACCGUCGAGGAGUCCUACUCGAACAUCGUAGGCGAGCUCCUCGCCUCCCUGAUCAUCAUGCGACACAUCGCAAAGUACAACCUCUAAUAUGCCUCCUGGCCGGCGACCCUCCGCCGACGGUGCUGCGCACCCACGGGCCCCCCACCGCUCGCCGCCACCAUCAGCAAGCAUCUUGUCCCACCUGCUGUUCGUAUAGUAGGGUCGCAGUGUACCCCCGCCGACCCCGACCCCACAACGACAUAUACAGUAUCCUAGAGUCAACCUAAUCCCCACCUAUUGCUGCUAAUUUUGCGUAUGCGUACGCGUGUCCUGUCUGCCUGCAUUGUGCUCCGCUGUACAUACUUAAUGUCCCAUAGUGCACCCUUACCUCGAGCUCCUGUACAUGUACGUAGACUCAAAAUGUAUGCAUAGCUGUCCAUACUCUCUCAUGGUAAUACAGUCCGGCUUGUUCGUCUAGACAGACAUACAUAUCACGCAUAGAGUCAGACCUGUCGUCCACCUGCCGUCGGU